AAGAAUCGCUUGAACCCGGGUGGUGGAGGUUGUAGUGGGCAGAGAUCGCCACUGCACUCCAGCCGGGUUGACAGAGGGAGACUCCAUCUCAAAAAAACAAAACAAAACAAAAAAAGAUAAUUGGAAGAUGCUCCGCUUAAAACGAAUGACAAAUUCAGCCUCUCUGGUCUGGUCAUCAAAGAAACACCAAUUAAAUAAUAUGGUGCCAUUGGCACCAAGUUAGCCAAAUCAUCAAUGGGCGUGAUACUUAAUUCGCUUCUCUGGUUGCUGACACCCUCCUCGACCCCCAGCCGCGGAAAUCCAUUCCUAGUUCCACCGUUUAGAGCCUCUACUGAGGCUGCCGCGAAAAUUGGGCCGGUUGGGAUAACAUCUAACCUGGGGUCCCCCGAAAGCGCCCAUCAGUUCCGCUUGGGGGCCCCACUGCCCUCCCACCUCCUACGCUGGGCGCUCCGCCUGCGAAUGACGUUUUGCUGCUGCUCAGCGCAGCCAGUCGCGGAGGCGGGGAGGCUGCGCGGUCAGAGGCGCCUGGAGCGAGCGAAUCCUGGCCUACAGCCUGCCCAACCGCGUGACCUUGAUUGAGUUAAUGAACUUCACGCCUCAACGUCCAGGUCUGUAAAAUGGGGUAUCUAACGCAGACCGUACAGCCCAGCUGGGUUUAGCAAACUUCCGGGAGCCGGUUGGAGCCUCUCCCCGUCCCUAGCGGUGAUCCCAGGUGACGACAUGCCGUGGGGGGUCCUGCGGAGGCCACCCUAGGGCGUUGCUGCUGCCUUUGGGAGUGUGGAGCUCCAAACCAUGUCGCGAGAGGCGGAUUUUGGGAGGCCAGGAUCCUCGCGCCAGGGGGAUGUGCGAGUGUGUGGGAUAAAUCUUAAUUCCUCCGGCCCACCGAAAGCCUGGAAAUCCAGCCUCCGCGCCUCUUGCCCUGCGGGCCCCGCCCUCAAUCCCGCCCUCAUCUAACCCGCUACCCCAUUGGUGGCCUCCGGCGGCGCGGCUGCUGUUAUUUUUCGAAUAUAUAAGGAGGUGGAAGUGGCAGCUGCAACUAGAGGCUUCCCAGGCUGGUGCCUGAGUCCCGCGUCCCUCGCCCCCUACCCUCCCCGCAUCCCUCUCCUCCCUCGCGCCUGGCCCUGUGGCUCUUCCUCCCUCCCUCCCUUCCCUCCCCCACCCCUCGCCCGCUGCCUCCCUCGGCCCAGCCAGCUGUGCCGGCGUUUGUUGGCUGCCCUGCGCCCGGCCCUCCAGCCAGCCUUCUGCCGGCCCCGCCGCGAUGGAGGUGCCCCAGCCGGAGCCCGCGCCAGGCUCGGCUCUCAGUCCAGCGGGCGUGUGCGGUGGCGCCCAGCGUCCGGGCCACCUCCCGGGCCUCCUGCUGGGAUCUCAUGGCCUCCUGGGGUCCCCGGUGCGCGCGGCCGCUUCCUCGCCGGUCACCACCCUCACCCAGACCAUGCACGACCUCGCCGGGCUCGGCAGCCACAGCCGCCUGACGCGCCUAUCCCUGUCUCGACGGGCAUCUGAAUCCUCCCUGUCGUCUGAAUCCUCCGAAUAUUCUGAUGCAGGUCUCUGCAUGGAUUCCCCCAGUCCUAUGGAUCCCCAGAUGGCAGAGCAGACGUUUGAACAGGCCAUCCAGGCAGCCAGCCGGGUCAUUCGAAACGAGCAGUUUGCCAUCAGACGCUUCCAGUCUAUGCCGGUGAGGCUGCUGGGCCACAGCCCCGUGCUUCGGAACAUCACCAACUCCCAGGCGCCCGACGGCCGGAGGAAGAACGAGGCGGGCAGUGGAGCUGCCAGCAGCUCUGGGGAAGACAAGGAGAAUGUGCGCUUCUGGAAGGCAGGAGUGGGAGCUCUCCGGGGAGAGGAGGGGGCAUGCUGGAGUGGUUCCCUGGCAUGUGAGGACCUUCCUCUCCCAUCUUGGCUGCAGGAUGGAUUUGUCUUCAAGAUGCCAUGGAAGCCCACACAUCCCAGCUCCACCCAUGCUCUGGCAGAGUGGGCCAGCCGCAGGGAAGCCUUUGCCCAGAGACCCAGCUCGGCCCCCGACCUGAUGUGUCUCAGUCCUGAGCGGAAGAUGGAAGUGGAGGAGCUCAGCCCCCUGGCCCUAGGUCGCUUCUCUCUGACCCCUGCAGAGGGGGAUACUGAGGAAGAUGAUGGAUUUGUGGACAUCCUAGAGAGUGACUUAAAGGACGAUGAUGCAGUUCCCCCAGGCAUGGAGAGUCUCAUUAGUGCCCCACUGGUCAAGACUUUGGAAAAGGAAGAUGAACAGGACCUCGUCAUGUACAGCAAGUGCCAGCGGCUCUUCCGCUCUCCAUCCAUGCCCUGCAGCGUGAUCCGGCCCAUCCUCAAGAGGCUGGAGCGGCCCCAGGACAGGGACACACCCGUGCAGAAUAAGCGGAGGCGGAGCGUGACCCCUCCUGAGGAGCAGCAGGAGGCUGAGGAACCUAAAGCCCGCGUCCUCCGCUCCAAAUCACUGUGUCACGAUGAGAUCGAGAACCUCCUGGACAGUGACCACCGAGAGCUGAUUGGAGAUUACUCUAAGGCCUUCCUCCUACAGACAGUAGAUGGAAAGCACCAAGACCUCAAGUACAUCUCACCAGAAACGAUGGUGGCCCUGUUGAUGGGCAAGUUCAGCAACAUCGUGGAUAAGUUUGUGAUUGUAGACUGCAGAUACCCCUAUGAGUAUGAAGGCGGGCACAUCAAGACUGCGGUGAACUUGCCCCUGGAACGCGACGCCGAGAGCUUCCUGCUGCAGAGCCCCAUCACACCCUGUAGCCUGGACAAGAGAGUCAUUCUCAUUUUCCACUGUGAAUUCUCAUCUGAGCGUGGGCCCCGCAUGUGCCGUUUCAUCAGGGAACGAGACCGUGCUGUCAACGACUACCCCAGCCUCUACUACCCCGAGAUGUAUAUCCUGAAAGGCGGCUACAAGGAGUUCUUCCCUCAACACCCGAACUUCUGUGAACCCCAGGACUACCGGCCCAUGAACCACGAGGCCUUCAAGGAUGAGCUAAAGACCUUCCGCCUCAAGACUCGCAGCUGGGCUGGGGAGCGGAGCCGGCGGGAGCUCUGUAGCCGGCUGCAGGACCAGUGAGGGGCCUGCAUCAGUCCUGCUACCUCCCUUGCCUUUCGAGGCCUGAAGCCAGCUGCCCUAUGGGCCUGCCGGGCUGAGGGCCUGCCGGAGGCCUCAGGUGCUGUCCAUGGGAAAGAUGGUGUGGGUGUCCUGCCUGUCUGCCCCAGCCCCGAUUCCCCUGUGUCAUCCCAUCAUUUUCCAUAUCCUGGUGCCCCCCACCCCUGGAAGAGCCCAGUCUGUUCAGUUAGUUAAGUUGGGUUAAUACCAGCUUAAAGGCAGUAUUUUGUGUCCUCCAGGAGCUUCUUGUUUCCUUGUUAGGGUUAACCCUUCAUCUUCCUGUGUCCUGAAACGCUCCUUUGUGUGUGUGUCAGCUGAGGCUGGGGGAGAGCCAUGGUCCCUGAGGAUGGGUCAGCGCUAAACUCCUUCCUGGCCUGGGAGUCAGCGCUCUGCCCUGUGUACUUCCCGGGCCAGGGCUGCCCCUAACCUCUGUAGGAACCGUGGUAUGUCUGCCAUGUUGCCCCUUUCUCUUUUCCCCUUUCCUGUCCCACCAUAUGAGCACCUCCAGCCUGAACAGAAGCUCUUACUCUUUCCUAUUUCAGUGUUACCUGUGUGCUUGGUCUGUUUGACUUUAUACCUAUCUCAGGACACUUCCAUAGACUGUUUAGGUUCCCCUGUCAAAUAUCAGUUACCCACUCGGUCCCAGUUUUGUUGCCCCAGAAAGGGAUGUUAUUAUCCUUGGGGGCUCCCAGGGCAAGGGCUAAGGCCUGAAUCGUGAGCCUGCUGGAAGCCCAGCCCCUACUGCUGUGAACCCUGGGGCCUGACUGGUCAGAACUUGCUGCUGUCUUGUUGCGGAUGGAUGGAAGGUUGGAUGGAUGGGUGGAUGGCCGUGGAUGCACAGUGCCUUGCACACCCAAACCAGGUGGGAGCGUUUUGUUGAGCAUGACAGCCUGCAGCAGGAAUAUAUGUGUGUCUAUUUGUGUGGACAAAAAUCUUUACACUUAGGGUUUGGAACUAUUCAAGAGGAAAUGUCACAGAAGCAGCUAAACCAAGGACUGAGCACCCUCUGGAUUCUGAAUCUCAAGAUGGGGGCAGGGCUGUGCUUGAAGGCCCUGCUGAGUCAUCUGUUAGGGCCCUGGUUCAAUAAAGCACUGAGCAAGUUGAGAAA